UCGUGCGACGAAUACGAUACCCCUGCGAUUGCUGUCCGGACCACAUUUUUGCAAGCAUACCCUAGAGCGAAUGAUGGCGAGGCUUCGACGGGCGCUGCCGAAGCAGCUGGGAGCGACGGCGGUGCUGCUGUGCACUCUCCUGGCCCAAUCCGAAGGUUUCUUCGCAGCCCCUAACACACCAACCACCCACAGCAAGCUCGCGUCCGACUCGAACGGGCGCACCAAUGGCCACGGCCAGUUUGUCGCUCGUAGCGACAGCGGGAGCGGUGGAUCUUCUGCUGCACUCGGCGCAGCAGGGUCGCGCGAGCGACUGUUCGAAACGGUUACGACCCUGCGUGGUGGGAGCCCCGCGAUGAAAAUCCCUGGGUAUGAUGCCGCUGCCGCCGCGAUUGCAGCGAUUUCUAUCCCCGCCAUCGCAUGGACGGGGGGGCCGGCUCUCUUCGCCCAGGGCGUCCUGCUGUCCAUGGUAACAUCGAUCGACGGAUUCCGUAUCCGGGAGCACUUCGUCAGUUACGGUUACGGCUUCUCCGUUGCCCUCCAGGCCGCUGGCGCGGCUUGGCUCUUCCGCGACAAGUUGCACACGCUCUCCGCGUUGCACGCUGCUGGGCUGGUGGCCUACGGACUGAGACUGGCCUCGUUUUGCGGCUGGAGGGACACUCUCUCGUGCUUCCAGAACCGCAGAAAGCGGCCAACCCAGCCCAAAAAGCAGAACGCCGGUCCCCCGUACACUUUCUGGGGCAUUUGCUCCAUGCUGUACGCGUUUCUUGCCCUGCCGACCGUUUACGCUCUUCGCCGCCUUCCUGCCGCUGAGGGCUCAUACGUCGGCGUUAGCCAAGCGGGGUUGGCUGUCAUGGCCGUCGGACUGCUGGUGGAGUCGGUGGCUGACCUGCAGAAGUCGCUGUUCAAGAAGAAAUCCCCGGAUACCUUUUGCAGCACCGGCCUCUACCGCUUUUCACGCCACCCCAACUACCUCGGGGAGGCUGUUUUCUGGACCGGGGCCUGGCUGGCGGCGAUCCCUGCGUAUACAAAGUGGUACCACUGGGUAUUCUCCGUGAUCGGCCCCUCCCAGAUCGUCUCCAUCAUCCUCCGGGCGACGGGGGGGCUGGAGAAGAGACAGGUGGAGAAAUACGGGUCCUCGAAGGAGUGGAAGGAGUACGCCAAGUCCACCCCCGUCUUUGUGCCCGGGACUCGGCAGUACUCCUGGGAAAAAGCUGAAACGAAGAACUAAAUAGCAGUUAUUGUUCAUGUCGACGGGGAUAUCCUGACAUCACUCCCGGAUGACUUCGCGUCCCUGAAAAGCAGGUCUCGUUAAGAUACCUUCGGUGCUCUUUAACGUUCGAGAAGAAAAUGAACUUGCGGAACCUCACGUAAGGGGGUAGGGUUCAGCAACGUGCGCUCGUAGUCGUUUGACACGAACGAGUGGAGUCAUGUAUUGAAAGCAAUGCCCGCCACAUAAGGGACUGUUGUACACUGCAGUGCGUGCCGUAGGCAGGCGUGGUUGUGAUUUUUCCACCCCUACCUGGUGGGUCGUGCCUCUGGGGCACAGAGCCAGGACUGUUUCGAUGCUUCGAGUUUUCAUCUGUGGUGCAAUCAGGGUCCUAUCGUUUUCUAGUGGCUAUUACAAGUUUGUGUUUAGAAGGCCCCAGAACCCAUUUUCACGACACAGCCACCAAGGUUUUCCAAUGUGGCGGCAGGCGUGCUUGUGUGCUUGUGGGCGGGCGUUGCUUUCUGUCUACUUCGUCUAAGGAUUGUCUUCGUUCCCACGGCAGAGCUAUCUGUUGUUCUGUGCAAGGCGGUUCCCGUUGCGUCUCUCAAGGGGGUUGUCGGCUUGCGAAUCGUCACGCGGGAUCGUUGUUAUCGUGCUCUGGAAAAUAGACGCGUUCGCAAUGCUUGUAUUAGUCUAGUAGUCCGCUUCACGGCGGUGUGUAUGCGCGCGAUGAGCGGGAUUCCAGUCCCUGCUCAAAGGCGGUGGGAACGGCACGCUUUCGAUCAAACACGCACGGGCAUCUGGAUUGGGGCUGCGGAUGUAAAAAAGACCGAAGAGAACAUUUUUAGCUUUUUGUCUGUCGAAAGAAGGCAACUUGUUUUUAGUUAGGUAGAGACCAUGGUUCGAUACCCCAAACGACACAAGAAAAAAAAAAACGGGUCAUAUCCAACAUGCUGUCUUCAAAAACAAUUCCAGACCGGAUAUAUUCAAUAUUGUGUGGGGUGUGUGCUAGGCCGCGCCUUCUUGCUUGAUCUGAGAGUAGUUUUAGGACUUUUGGGCUCAUGUUGACUGGUAGAAAUAUGACCCCCCAGGUGUGGCAUUUUGUGUCGUAUUUUGUGUGUGGAGGGCGUUAUCUUGUUUCGUAUUUUUCCGUAGCGAAGUGAGUUGACGACGAAAAGAGACUACGCUUACAUGCAUUCAAUUUGUGUAGACUAUAUACGAUAAAGUAUGUCAUGUUCGAUGGUGCUAUUUUUUGUAAAUUGGCAUGCUGCAGCUGCCAGCCGAAGCUGCCCCGCCACGACCGACCGCGGAGUCUCAAAAUUCCACCAAAUUCGUCGGUCGUCAUGGUGUAUCUUGACGACCCACCAAUUGCAGAAGAGAGCAAACACCUUCCUUACUAGAUCUGUUUGUCGCGUGCUUACUCUCAUCACAGCAUUUGGCGUGUGUUCUGCAUCAUCACCGUACGGAGGGACCCUUAUCGAUCUCUCCUAAAGAGUGCUUCAAUCUCCGCCACCGUCAAUCGUCCACUUUCAAAAUUCAUGACUUCUCCAUCUCUUUCGGGUACACCCACCUCGUGGCGUCUAACUCAGCCGGCUCUUCGUGAGAAGUACACAUUUAAAGGCCUGCCCUCCAAUGUCUUCUGUCUGUGUUGUCCUUCUCCACCCCGUGGUCAUUACACACAAGCUGUCACAAUAAAUUAAUCAUCGCCAUCCGAGACGGUUUCAAAGCAGUUGGUCGAGGAACUGCACGUGCUACUCUUACACCUACUUGUGGAGCCCGAUACCUUGCAGAUUGAGGUAGUAUGUUGAAAGUGGCUGACAGAGCUCGUGAGACGGGGAAAGACUCCUGAGACCCCUGUGGACUGCCCUCGGCGUCACUGGUUUGAGACGUAGCAAAAGUGCGGCGGUUGAACCAUGUGGAGGUUCCGUAGCUCAGUGGCAGAGCGUGCGACUGUUAAUCGCGAGGUCGAGGGUUCGAUGCCCUCCGGAACCGCGCGCUGUGCACACUCUUUCGUUUUGCCGGUCGCCCCGGUGGUUUGUUAAAGGUCAUCAAGCAAGCAACAUCGUCGGGGGAUGUUGGUUCGAAUUUUCUCUUUGCCCACAAUUGGUGGGAAGCAAUCAAAUGCGACACUUGAGAAUUCGAUUUCACGAUCGACGACGGAAAGACAAGACAGGCAGUUGGAACAACCCUCCCUAUCGCGAAAAAAAAUACCAGGUAGAAGAAAGCACCGCAAAAGGAAGACGGGACACAACAAACAAAAGGAAGCGCCUGCGUGACCUUCCUCCGGUGCGGAGAGGUCCCGUCGACAUGUCGUAAACUCUACUGGCAAAGUCACAGGCAUGGCAGUGACAAAAAAAAUGUAAAAGGCGGGGACAAAUGCAGAUGUACCUCAGAAACAUCGUAGAUACGUACAUCGUAGAGCAGUCAGUCUACUAUUUUGGCCUCGAGGUCGGCACCUACCUGACCAGCGCUAACAACGCCAUCAUCGUAGACAGACUACAGCUGUGGUUCUCGGAAAAUAUCUGUUGUUAACAGAAGAAACCAGUGCGGUGGCGCCGCCAUCCUCCGAUACCGAUACACUGGCUGGCUCCAUCGUCCAGCAGGAUCUUCUUUGCGCCCGAGUUCGUGUCUGUCUCUAGACUAGCCAAUAUGUAUCAUCAAUGCGUGUGUGCAUGAUGGACCAAGAAAGAAAGAAGAGCUCGCAGCCUUGUCGGGGUCUGCUCGAUUGAAUCGAGCUCCACGAGAGCAGGGCUACAAUAGACAAUGCCCCAAUGGAACCAUCACACGCGGCCUCCAGCUAUAUCGGGUUCAUUCGACGGUCCGCGAGGCCACUCUCUCGCUUGGAAUGAUCUGCAACACGCCAGACACGGAUGCCCGGGGGCGCCGGUGAGUGCAUAUAGGCGAGGGGGAUUGCGAUGUUGACAGUCUCGUGACAGCCAUGCAGCACGGUGUCAGGUGUCAGCUCCGCUGUUUAAUAGCUGGUCGUCUGGUGUUAUAUGACGACCAGACUCAACUCUGGCGGGAGACAAAGAUGGCGAGCCAAGAGCGUGGCAACAGGGAGCAACCUUCGACUUCACAUGGAAAAAUGCCGGCGUAUCGCCCCCCGAGCGAUUUUCGGGUCAACGUCGAGGCCGGGCUCCGCACGACGCUGUCCCUGGGAUUGGUCUUCUUGUGGCUAGGAUUCGGGCCGUUCGAGGGAGGACUGUCGUUCUUUGCCGGGGUGACGGCCAUCGUUUGCGUCGGAGGCUCCGCGGGGCAUACCAUCUCCAGAUCUUUGAUGAUGACACACGGAGCUCUGGUUGGGGCAAUCUGCGCUAUACUUCCGCGGUGGCUGAUGCAGUGGGGGCGUUUCCCCGCGGGAGCAGGAUUUUUCGCGGCAGUCUUUCUGGUCCUCAGGAGCCGACGGUUGACGUCUCUCGGCAAGAAAUUCGGUUGCAUGGGUGUGGCGCUCCUUGUCCUAGGGAAGAUGUCCGACG